UCCGCGGCACUGGUCGUUAAUAGCUCAGUUAGGAGAGAGAGAGAGAGAGAGAGAGAGAAUCUGCAACACUCGGUGUCUCUGCGUCCCAUUUUAUCUUCAUAGCUUAGGGAGAAUUGGGAUUUGAAUUUAGUUCGUUUCUUCUCGAUGCUCAUCAGAUCUACUUUGAAAGUAAGAUUGGAUUAUUGCUUCAAACAAUUGACGCAUUUGAGGCUUUUGAGCUGAUUCUGUACCGAGUUCGACUUUAAUUCAGAUCGAAGUUUUCCUGGGAAUCUGUGAAGAUUGGUACAUCUUCUGGAGUGGAGAAGAUUUUUCACAAUCCCAACCAGGAUAUGCAGUAAGAAUCCUCGAAUCGUGCAUUAGGUGGAGGUUCAGAGAAAGCCAAAGCGAGAUUUCUGUUGCAGACAAGUGUUGCCGCAUCAAUAAGCUUUGAAUCCGAGCAGGUGAAUGUUCCUCAGAUCUCAAGUCGGAGUUGUUGCUCUGAGGAUUCGAAUUAUACGUAUGAGAGGGAGGAGAUAAUCUCUUUUGGAGGAUUCAGUCUUCGCAUUUAAUUUUUUUUUUUUGGUUGAUUCUGGACGAUCUGGAAUUCUGAAAAGUAGAAUCGUUUCAAACAGUUUGGACACAAAGGAUUUAGUACUCAUUUUUUGAAGUACCGUGGAAGACAUCUUUUCUGCAUUGAAUUAGGGUUUAAUUAUCGGAUAUUCAAAUUUCAGUACCAUAGACGAGUUAACUAGAGAAGCUGAGACUGUAGUUCUUAAGUUCGAAGGGAAAAAAGGAGAAGAUAAUUUGAGCAAUUGUGGAUGGAGCUACCUCAAUCUCGCCCCUUCGGAUCUGAAGGUAAAAAACAAACACACGAUUUUCUUUCACCGUACAGCCAUUCUCGGUUCCAGCGCCAAGAUCCAAAGCCUACUACUACUUCCGGGACUUACCUGAAAAUGCAUGAUUUUCUGCGACCACUGGAAGGAGUGGAAAAGGAUGGCACCAAGGGUGAAAACACAGUGGAGAAUGUGAAGACAUCAACUGUAGUGGAAAAGCUACCCCCAACAACAACAGCAUCGGUCGGGAAUGUGCUCCCCGGAGAGAUAAUCGGGGAAGUUAGCAAAGCAAGCUCUGACUGUAGCUCUUAUAGCAGCGGAGGCGCAUUUACAUUGUGGGAGGAGUCCGUGGUGAAGGAUAAGAGUGCGACGGUGAAAAAUAGUGCCGGGGAAAGACACGUCUCCAAAGGGACCAAUGGGAGCGCACAUGGAAGCAUCAAUAAGGAUGGAAUAUCUACUUUCAUGUGGGAGCCGGCGGAGAAGUUGAGCACUUGGUCGUCGUCAGAGCGGGUAACGCAGUUCCCUUUCGUCCAUCGUAACAGCUUCAGCUCUCAGUCUUCUACCAAGCCUACGGGGCAGAAGAAUCAGAGCUUCAUGGAGAUGAUGAAAUCUGCUAGUAGGGCUCCUCAGGAAGAGGAAGACGACGAUGAUGAGGAGUUCGAUGUGAAGAAAGACGGUCCACCCCAGAAAGGGGAUUUAACUGGAAAAGAAGACGGAAAGGUAACCGCUCUGAAGCCUGUCACACCACGAUCGAAGCAUUCGGCUACAGAGCAGCGUAGGAGGAGCAAGAUUAAUGAUAGAUUUCAAAUGUUGAGAGAACUUAUACCCCAUAGUGAUCAAAAGAGAGAUAAGGCAUCUUUCUUAUUAGAGGUCAUUGAGUACAUUCAGUUUUUACAGGAGAAGGUAAACAAAUAUGAACAAGUAUAUCUAGGAUGGAAUCCAGAGCCUACCAAGUUGACGCCAUGGAGAAAUAGCCAUGGAUCUGGGGAGAGUAUGAUUGAUCAUUCACGAGCUAUGAAGAAUGAUCCCAGUAGUGGGUUGAUGUUUGCUGGGAAAUUUGAUGAGAAAAAUGUCGCCAUUACUCCCACCAUGCUUCCAAAUGCACAGAAUGUUGUUGAAUCUGACCUGAGCACAGGUGCUGCCUACAGAGCAAUGGAUCAUCACACUGGCCUCGCAGACAAGUCGGUACCCUUGUCUAUUCCCAUGCAGUCAAAUAUGUUUGCUCCUGUAGGACAAGGUGGCGGGCUUGCGCAACAGCCAUUGAGACCCAUGUCAGAUGUGGAAGACAUGUCAGCUCAGCCUCAAUCCCAGUUGUGGCAAAACAAGCCAUGUACAACAGGUGAUGCACCAAUUGAGCAGGAGGGUGUGGAUAUUGAAGGGGGAACAAUUAGCAUCUCAAGUGUAUACUCUCAAGGAUUGUUGAAUUCUUUAACACAAGCACUUCAGCACUCAGGUGUGGAUUUGGCACAAGCUAGUAUCUCAGUGCAGAUUGAUCUUGGGAAGCGAGCAAUUAAUAGAUUGGCUACUAUGACAUCCAGUUCUAAGGAUCAAGAAGACCCUUCUGGCAAUCGGACGACGACACAUUAUAGGGUUGCAAGCAGUGAUGAGGACUCGGAUCAUGCUCAUAAGAGGUUAAAGAGGGAAAGAAGCUAGUAGGGACCCAUACAUCACUUUUGGCUUAUUUUCUCCCUCCCCAGUUCGGAGUUUUAUGUUCUCGUGGUCCACUAGACUCGAUGGAGAUCAAUUGUACAUAGCUCUGCUUUUUUGGUUUGUUGGGACAUAUUCUCCUUUCAAACCAGAGUACAUAAUUCAUUCAUUUGUAAUUUUCUUCCUUUAAAAGAGGCUUCCACACAGAUUUGAGAAGCUGCUUUUACUUUCGAAGUCACCACAUGUGAAUUUUUAUUGGGCAUAUCUAUUGUUCACUACACAGUUCUAUGGAAAUGUAAGAACUUGUUCUCUCAA